AUAAUAAUAAAAUAGCUGCGAGUAUUAUUAAAACUCUGUUCCGCUAAAUUUAUUGGUCUAAUUAACCAUUUAGAAGGAUUUUCCAGAGGAUCAUAGCGAAAAAAAUUGGUUUGACCCUACAUAUAACAAAAAUAACAAAACCGCCUUGCUAGUUAUAACAUUCUGGCCAGUGAAUUUUCGUGUUACAAUGUUUUUAAGGCUGCAGUGGUUUUUUUUAAUGGUACUAUUAAGUCUCAAUCACAUGAUAGUUGCUUCACCCCAAUUAAAUAAGUUUAUAGAAAAAGUCGGUAAUGUAGCUGGAAAUGUUAUGGACCAAUGGAUAAAAUUUAAGCUAGACAAUUUCAAACAAUUUUCCCCCGAAGAAGACGCUAAACGUUUUAAUAUAUUCAAACAAAAUCUAGAAAUCAUUGAUAACUACCGUAAAAAAUUUCUAAACGGUGAAAUUAGCUUUCAAGUGGGCAUAAACCAGUUUACUCACCUCACAAAAGCAGAAUUCUUAACUCAAUUUCUUACGUUAAAGCCGCCUCAAAGAACAUUUCAAAAGAGAGAUUUAUCUUCGAGAUCUAACAGAACUACUAGACAAGUGCCUGCGUAUGUAGACUGGAGAAAUACUGGAGCAGUUACUUCUGUAAAAGACCAAAAAGACUGCGCCUCUUGUUGGGCCUUUAGCGCUGUAGGAUCUCUUGAAAGUCAAUAUUUUCUGAGAACGGGGAACCUUGUCUCAAUGAGCGAACAGAAUCUUAUCGAUUGUACAAAUGAUGGCUGCUCGGGCGGGUGGAUGGGCAAUGCAUUCCAGUACCUUUCCAAUAACAAAAUCACAUCAGAAAGUGAAUAUGGUUAUUCUGGUACACGAGGAACUUGCAAUUUUAGACCAAAGCAGUUUGGAUUAUCUAUAAAAGGCUUUCAAACAAUACCAGGUGAUGAAUUUACACUACAGCAAAUGGUAGCAUCUGUGGGACCAGUUUCUGCAGCAAUUGAUGCGUCUAAUCUCCAGUUUUACGCUGGUGGAAUAUUCCGUGAUGACGAGUGCUCCAAGGAACAAGUAAACCAUGGGAUUCUUGUAGUAGGUUAUGGUUCAGAAGGUGGUCGAGACUACUGGCUUAUUAAGAAUUCAUGGGGAUCCAAAUGGGGUGAGGAUGGAUACUUUAAGUUGAUAAGAAACAAGGCAAAUGAAUGUAAUAUUGCUUCUUAUGCGAUGUAUCCACUUUUGUAAGGAAAUAUCAAAUUUUACUUUACCAUUAUGAUAAC